AUGUUAGCUUCGUACGGUGACUUUACAGAGGUUAGGUUUCUAUGUCGCAGCGACCGCGGCACGAGUGUGAAAAGACAAAAGACCGCGCGAAAAGACCACGUAGGGAGAAACCAACGUAUUCAAGUCAGGUGCGUUUCACUAAUGGCAACGCAAGAUGGCCGCCGGUCGCUUCACUUCUCGUUACGGAUCAAGGCGCUGUGUCAGCAGUUUCCACACGGAAUCACGGAGCAGGUGAUCCAGAACGACAUGCCGCACCUGGACGGUCGGCAGAGGGCCGCCGCCAUCAACAAGCUGCUCUCUCUGGGUCUUCUGGAUCUGCUGCAAAAUAGCAACGGGCUCCUCUACAGGCUGAAGGACGCGCAGAGCGCCAGAAAGAUGAAAGGUUCCGACAACCAGGAGAAGCUCGUCUACCAGAUCAUCGAAGACGCCGGCAACAAAGGCAUCUGGAGCCGCGACAUCCGCUUCAAGAGCAACCUGCCGCUGACCGAGAUCAACAAGAUCCUCAAGAACCUCGAGAGCAAAAAACUCAUCAAAGCCGUCAAGUCGGUGGCGGCGUCCAAGAAGAAAGUCUACAUGCUGUACGACGUGCAGCCCGACCGCUCGGUGACCGGCGGCGCCUGGUACAGCGACCACGACUUUGAGUCGGAGUUCGUGGAGGUCUUGAACCAGCAGUGCUUCAAGUUCCUGCAGGGCAAGGCGGAGUCGGCGCAGGACAGCGAGCAGAGUCCCGUGCUGCGGAGGAACGCUUCCUUCGCCACCUCGCACGAAGUCUGGAAGUACAUCAGCGAGCUGGGCAUCAGCAAGGUGGACCUGUCCAUGGACGACACGGAGACCAUCCUGGACACGCUGGUGUACGACGGCAAGGCGGAGAUGAAUGUGAUGGUGGCCAAGGAGGACACGCCGGGCAGCGUCGACGGCCGCAUCAAGCUGUACCGCGCCGUCCGCCCCCUGGCGCCGCCCACCGGCCUGGUCAAGACGCCCUGCGGACUCUGCCCGGUGUUCGACAACUGUUGCGAAGGCGGCGAGAUUUCGCCGUCCAACUGCGUCUACUUGGACCAGUGGCUGGAUUUCUGACGCCGUGGUCCUGGCAAAAGCGCUCGUCGAUGAAGUCGACGCUCUCAAAUCUUUUGCUCGUGAUGCUUUUCGGCCGCCCGAUUGGCGUGCGCUUUGUUCAAGGCGGAUUUCGCAGAAUCGUCGUCGAGGAUCAAAGCGAGCUGCGCCAAUGCCAUGACGGCGACGACGAAUCUCUUAGCCCGUUCAGGCCAAGCUUCUGCCAUAGGAAAUACCUUUUCCGAGC